GCAAUGGAGAAUAGCACAGAAGUGACAGAGUUUAUCCUCUUGGGAUUAACAGAUGACCCCAAACUUCAGGCUCCCCUCCUUCUGGUAUUUGUAUUCAUCUACCUCGUCACCCUGGUUGGAAAUGGGGGGAUGAUGGUGAUCAUCCACUUGAACUCCCAUCUCCACACUCCAAUGUACUUCUUCCUCAGCAACCUCUCCUUGGUAGAUCUGGGUUACUCAUCAGCUGUAGCUCCUAAAAUGGUGGCUGCAUUGCAGUCAGGAAACAAGGCCAUUUCCUACAAUGAAUGUGCAGCUCAGUUCUUCUUCUUUGUGGGAUUUGCCACUGUUGAGUGCUACCUCCUGGCCUCCAUGGCCUAUGACCGCCAUGCAGCGGUAUGUAGGCCUCUUCUUUAUACCACCACUAUGACAACAGGUGUGUGCGCCCUCCUAACUAUCAGUUCCUAUGUCUGUGGCUUCCUCAAUGCAACUAUCCAUGCAGCAGACACCUUCAGACUCUCCUUCUGUGGUUCCAAUGAGAUUAAUCAUUUUUUCUGUGACAUUCCCCCACUCCUGGCAAUCUCAUGCUCCAACACACGCAUCAGCAAGUUAGUGGUCUUCUUUGUCGUGGGCUUCAAUGUCUUUUUCACCCUCCUGGUCAUCCUCAUCUCUUACAUCUUCAUAUUCAUCGCCAUUCAAAGAAUGCGUUCUGCUGAAGGGCAGAAGAAAGCCUUCUCCACCUGUGCCUCCCACCUCACCGCAGUGUCCAUCUUCUACGGUACAAUCAUCUUCAUGUACUUACAGCCCAGCUCCAGCCAGUCCAUGGACACAGACAAAAUAGCAUCUGUGUUUUAUACUGUGGUGAUUCCCAUGCUCAAUCCCUUGAUCUACAGCCUUAGGAACAAAGAAGUGAAAAUUUCUUUUUGGAAAAUACUUAACAAGCUUUACCCCCAAUCUUUAAACGUGAGUAGGAGGUAG